GAGCCAAGAGGGUGUAGUCGGACUCGCAGCUUUUUUCUUGCAAACUUUUUCAUGGCGCUGGACGCAUAGCACUGAUUCGGCGUUGGAAGGCUGGAAAGAACGAAAGAGGGAGGGAGAAAGAGGAAGGUUUUUUGUCCUCCAUGGUUUUAUUUAUUUUUUUAUUGAAUUGAGUUAGGUAGCUGAAAUAAAAAAGUUUGGAAGUGCGACAGUAUACGGAAAACGGUCCUAAGAUUUUACUCAUAAUGCAUCGGUUUAUUUGUGUUUUAACUACAUUGACUUGUUUGGUUGCGUACAGCAACGGUGCAAUGGAUGAAUGUACAGACGAUUCGAACCGUCCUCAGCGCUGUAUGCCAGAGUUUGUCAACGCUGCCUUCAACGUUACCGUCGUGGCGACCAACACUUGUGGCUCUCCACCAGAAGAAUACUGCGUACAAACCGGGGUAACGGGAGUCACCAAGUCCUGCCACAUCUGCGAUGCAAGGGACCCCAGGCAACACCACAGCGCCGUCUACCUCACUGAUUACAACAACCAAGCGGAUACCACUUGGUGGCAAAGCCAGACAAUGUUAGCGGGCAUCCAGUACCCCAACUCGAUCAACUUAACUCUUCAUCUUGGCAAGUCCUUCGACAUCACGUACGUGCGUCUGAAGUUCCACACCAGCCGGCCGGAGAGCUUCGCCAUCUACAAGCGCACGAGCGAGGACGGGCCCUGGCAGCCGUACCAGUACUACAGCGGCUCCUGCGAGAAGACCUACCAGAAGCAGAACCGCGGCUUCAUCCGCACCGGCGAGGACGAGCAGCAGGCGCUCUGCACCGACGAGUUCAGCGACAUCUCCCCCCUGACCGGCGGCAACGUGGCCUUCUCCACGCUGGAGGGCCGGCCCAGCGCCUACAACUUCGACAACAGCCCCGUGCUGCAGGAAUGGGUGACAGCCACAGAUAUUAAGGUGACUCUGAACAGGCUCAACACAUUCGGAGAUGAGGUUUUCAACGACCCCAAGGUCCUAAAGUCCUACUACUACGCCAUCUCAGACUUCGCUGUUGGAGGAAGGUGCAAGUGCAACGGCCACGCCAGCGAGUGCGCGAAGGACGGCGCCCACCGGCUGGUGUGCCGCUGCAAGCACAACACGGAGGGGGACGACUGCAGCGUGUGCAAGCCCUUCUACAACGACCGGCCCUGGAGGAGGGCCACGGCGGAGAACCCCAAUGAGUGCCUGCCCUGCAGCUGCAACGGCAAAGCCACGGAGUGCUACUUCGACUCGGAGCUGUACCGCGCCACCGGGCACGGCGGCCACUGCCGCCACUGCGCCGACAACACCGACGGGCCCAACUGCGAGCGCUGCCUGGACAACUACUUCCGCGACAGCUCCAACCGCUGCCUGCCCUGCAGCUGCAGCCCCGUGGGCUCUGUCAGUACUCAGUGUGAUAACAGCGGGCGCUGCAGCUGCAAGCCGGGGGUGAUGGGAGACAAGUGCGAUCGCUGCCAGCCCGGCUACCACAGCCUGUCUGAGGCCGGCUGCCGGCCCUGUGCUUGCAGUACCUUUGGGAGCACGCAGGAGUGUGAUGUGCAGACAGGACGCUGCCAGUGCAAGGACCACGUGGAGGGCUUCAGCUGUGACAGGUGUAAGCUGGGGUACUUCAACCUGGACCCCCUCAACCCUCAGGGCUGCACCCCCUGCUUUUGCUUCCAGCACUCGUCUGUGUGUGAUGUUGCCGACGGCUACAGCAUCCAGACCGUCACCUCCACCUUCAGCAGGGAUGCGGAGGAGUGGAAGGGGCAGCAGAGGGACGGCUCCAGCGUCCCGGUGCAGUGGUCCUCCAGCAGGAAGGAGGUGUCCCUGAUCUCAGACGACUACUUCCCCAUGUACUUCCUCGCCCCAGAGAAGUUUCUGGGGAACCAGCUGCUGAGCUACGGGCAGAACCUGACCCUGAGCUUCCGGGUGGACCGGCGGGACACGCGGCUCUCUGCGGAGGACGUGAUCCUGGAGGGCUCCGGCCUGCGCGUCGCCGUGCCGCUCAUCGCCCAGGGCAACGCCUACCCCAGCGAGAACAUGCAGACAUACGUGUUCAGGCUUCACGAUGCUACAGACUACCCCUGGAGGCCCAGUCUGCCCCACUCCGAGUUCCAGAAGCUUCUCUACAACCUGACCUCGAUCAAGAUCCGUGGCACCUACAGUGAAAGGAGCGCUGGUUACCUGGACAACGUGUCCCUCAUGAGCGCACGUCGGGGUCCCGGCACGCCCGCCCGCUGGGUGGAGAGGUGCACCUGCCCCCAAGGGUACGUGGGGCAGUUCUGUGAGCAGUGCGCCCUGGGAUACCGGAGGAACCGGCCUGAGCUGGGCCCCUUCAGCGCCUGCGAGUCCUGCAACUGCAACGGCCACAGCGACACCUGCGACCCCGAGUCAGGGAUGUGUAACUGUAAGCACAACACCGCUGGGAUCAGCUGCGAGAAGUGCAAGGAUGGCUACCAUGGCGACGCCACCGCCGGAACCUCCUCGGACUGCCAGCCCUGCCCCUGUCCCGGAGGCUCCACCUGUGCCGUGGUUCCCAAGACCAGGGAGGUGGUGUGCACAAACUGCCCGACUGGCACCACAGGGAAGCGCUGUGAGCUGUGUGACGACGGCUUUUUCGGGGACCCCCUGGGGCAGAACGGCCCCGCCAGGGCCUGCCGGGUGUGCAAGUGCAGCGACAACAUCGACCCCAACGCCGUGGGCAACUGCGACCGGGAGACGGGCGAGUGCCUGAAGUGCAUCCACAACACGGACGGCUUCUUCUGCGACCGCUGCAAAGAGGGCUUCUACGGAAACGCCACGGCCCCCAACCCCAGCGAGAAGUGCAAAUCGUGCUCCUGCUCGCCGUUCGGCACAGUGAACAGGCAGACCAGCUGCCUGCAGGUCACCGGGAAGUGCCAGUGUCUGCCGCACGUCACCAACCGCGACUGCAGCGCCUGCGAGCCCGGCUUCUACAACCUGCAGAGCGGGCGUGGCUGCGAGCGGUGCAACUGCAACGCCAUUGGCUCCACCAAUGGACAGUGUGACAUCAGAAGCGGGCAGUGCGAGUGCCAGCCGGGAGUCAAGGGCCAGCACUGCGAGCGCUGCGAGGUCAACUUCUUUGGCUUCGGGUCCUCCGGCUGCAAACCGUGUGACUGCGACUCCGAGGGCUCGCAGACGGCCCAGUGUAAGGAGGACGGGCGCUGCGAGUGCCGGCCUGGCUUCGUGGGGUCCCGCUGUGACAUGUGUGAGGAGAACUACUUCUACAACCGCACCCGCCCUGGCUGCCAACAGUGCCCCUCCUGCUACUCUCUAGUGAGGGAUAAGGUGAACCAGCAGCGACAGAAGCUGGAUGACCUGCAGAAUUUGAUUGACAACCUGGGCAACAACCAGGAGACAGUGAGUGACAAGGCCUUUGAGGACCGACUGAAGGAAGCGGAGAAAGCCAUCAUGGACCUGCUGCGGGAGGCCCAAACCAGCAAAGAUGUGGACAAAGGCCUGCUGGAGCGACUGAACGGCAUCAACAACACCCUCACCACCCAGUGGAACCGGCUGCAGAACAUCCGCAACACGGUGGACAAGACCAACGCGCUCGCCGACAAGUCCCGCAACCGCGUGCGCGACGCCGAGGACCUCAUCGACCGCGCCCGGGAGGAGCUGCAGAAGGCCAAGGACGCCAUCAGCAAAGUGGACAUCAAACCACCCACAAGCCCCGGGGAUCCGAACAACAUGACUCUUUUGGCGGAAGAGGCGAGGAAAUUAGCCGACAAGCAUAAGACGGACGCAGAUCAGAUUGAGAAGAUUGCUAAGGAUGCCAAUGACACCUCCACCAAGGCUCUCAACCUCCUGAAGACCACUCUGGAUGGAGAGACCAAGACCAACAGUGACAUCGAUGAUCUCACCAAGAAGUACAAUGACGCGAAAGAGUUGGUGACGAACCUGGAGAAGCAAGCCAACAAGGUUCACGCCGAAGCGGAGGAGGCGGGGAACAAAGCCCUGCAGAUCUACGCCAACCUCACCGGCCUGCCGCCCGUCGACACCAAAACCCUGGAGGAUGAGGCCAAUAAGAUAAAGAAGGAGGCUUCGGACCUGGAUAACCUGAUCGAUAAGACUGAGAAGGAGUACAUGGACCUGCGCGAUGAUCUGAAGGGCAAGGAGGCUGAGGUCCGAAAACUGCUGGAGAAGGGGAAGACCGAGCAGCAGACUGCAGAUCAGUUGCUCGCACGAGCAGACGCUGCAAAGGCAUUGGCUGAAGAGGCUGCCAAGAAAGGGAGGUCCACCUAUCAGGAGGCACAGGACAUUCUGGGGAACCUGAGAGAUUUCGACAGACGUGUGAAUGACAACAAAACUGCCGCUGAGGAAGCCAUGAAGAAGAUCCCCGAGAUUAACGCCACCAUCAUCGCCGCCAACGACAAGACGAAGCAAGCGGAGGGGGCGCUAGGCAACGCCGCAGCCGACGCCCGGGAGGCGAAGAACAAGGCAGAGGAGGCCGAGAAGAUCGCCAGCGCAGUGCAGAAGAGUGCCGCCAACACAAAGAAGGACGCAGAGAAGGCGUUUGAGGACACGAUGAAGCUUGAUGACGAGGUCAAUGGGAUGAUGGAUCAGCUGGCCGCAGCUGAGAAGGAACUGGCCAAGAAGAAGCGGGAAGCUGACGCGGAUAUGAUGAUGGCAAACAUGGCAUCAGACGCAGCUAAAGAAGCUGAGGACAAUGCCCGCAAAGCCAAGAAUGCCGUCAAGAGCGUUUUGAGCACCAUCAACGACCUGCUCAAGCAACUUGGUAACAUUGACAAAGUUGACCUGAGCAAGCUGGACCAGAUCGACGGGUCGCUGAAGCGGGCCAAAGAGCAGAUGGAGAACAGCGAGCUGGACCGCAAGCUGAACGAGCUCAACCAGGUCGCCAAGAGCCAGGAGGACAUGAUCAGCGACUACGAGCGGCAGAUCCUCGAGAUCCGCGCCGACAUCACCAACCUGAACGACAUCAAGAGCACGCUACCGCCCGGCUGCUACAACACCGCCUCGCUCGAGCGGCCCUAACCCCGCCAUCCCCACGCCCCCCCUCCCCUUAUCCCUCUCCUCCUCUCCCUCCAUCUCUACACUCCUCCCUACCCCGCGUCUAACACUCUGGCAGAAUGCCACUUUUUACCAAAACGGUCGUUGUUGUUUUUUUCUUUUUGUUUGUUUGUUUUAUUGUUUUUUGGAUUUUUUUUUUUUUUUUGCAAGAGAAAAGCCACCAACGUUAGGGUUAAUGGGACGGUGGGAUGCUAAAGGAAAGGACCGCAGGGUGAAGGGGGAAGUAGCGAGGUAUAUACCCCACGGGACUGCACCACGACCUGCGCCUGCGCCUUUACCAGUCCACUCAAGCCCCUCCCCCUGCCCUCCCGUUUGGAGGGAAAAUAAGCUAUACCAGCGCGUUGGCCGGACAGAGUCACCCUCUGGCUUUGCUUAAUCAUAUCGGUAUUAUCCCAUUAUGGUUGGUACACCAACGAUUCAGAAACCAAGCAGUGAAGGACUCCUGUUUUUAUUUUAUUUUUAUUAUUAUUAAUAAAAUUAAUAUCUAAUAACUCCGUAGGGACAUGCCCUGCAUUACAUCGGCUAUACCCGCCCCAGCACAGUAUUCAGUGUAUACACCGUAUACACACACAGGAACUUGUCAGUGGUUACCCUGUAUAUACACACAGGAACUUGUCAGUGUAUACACCGUAUAUACACACAGGAACUUGUCAGUGGUUACCCUGUAUAUACACACAGGAACUUGUCAGUGGUUACCCUGUAUAUACACACAGGAACUUGUCAGUGGUUAUACCGUAUAGACACACACAGGAACUUGUCAGUGGUUACCCUGUAUAUACACACAGGAACUUGUCAGUGGUUAUACCGUAUAGACACACACAGGAACUUGUCAGUCGUCAUACUGUAUAUACACACAGGAGCUUGUCUGUGGUUAUACCGUAUAUACACACACAGGAACUUGUCUGUGGUUAUUCUGUAUAUACACACAUGAACAUCUGUGUCUGUACUGUAUCUGUAGACAGAUUAACCUGUCUGUCUGUGCCAACUACACACAGGGCCUGUCUGCACACACCUGAACGCAAUUGAGAGCCGAGGAAAGUCUUACCAGAGAUGGGGGCCGGUGUUAAGACGGGGUGACAUUAACUGUGAAACAUCUGAACACAGUAUUUUUUUUUUUUUUUUUUUUUAAACCCUGCAGAAUCUUUUUUUUUUUUUUUCCUGAAGCUGCUGUUUAAUCCAGGUGUAUUGCGAAUCAGACAUUAACAUUUUUAUUUUUUGAAAAGGCAGAACUCAAAACACACGUACACACAUACACACACUAUGCAACUUUGUACAUUUGCGUAGACUAUACCUGAUACACUGGUGCUAAUUAUUAUUUCAAAUGUUAUAUUUUUGUGUGAAUGUUUUUUUUAUGAUAUAGAGUGAGGAAAUGUUAUUGUCAUGUAAAUGUAAAUAUGCUUAAAUGAUUCAGGACUGACUGAAAUCAUAAAGAAAUAUGAUUAGGAAAAAUAAAAGAAAUCCCACCAGCCUCCUCGAAAAAGUCCUGUCACGAAAAGCAACAGAAACCUCCACAUAAUAUAUAAAUAUAUAGAAUAUUUCUGUGGUAUUACCUGCUUGCUUGUAUACAUGGCUCUGUGUUGCUGCAUAGAUCUGCCGUACGUUCUGUUUUCAGUGAGGGGUUACGGAUGAACCGCGAGCGUACUUUUCGGUUAAGGUCUUCCUCCCCUGCCCUUUCGCGGGAGGACCGAGUUAAAGUACUGCCACGUUUGAAGCCACUUGUGAUAAGCCAGGCAUUUCAUUUUCACUGCAUAUGAAAUGAACAUCAGUUAUGAGCAGCCAUUUAACAAUUUUAACAGUAUUCUGUGCCUUUAUACUUGGUCAUAAUCUCUCCACAUAAUUCAUAUAAUAUUAAUAUAUUGCUCCUGUCAAGGACACCUAAUCUAUAUUUCACACGCAGUGCCUUUAUUGUUAGUAAUUUAACCAAUGCACACACAGAUAAGUAUGAUUUUUUUAUAUGCAUACAUACCUGCAUACAUAUAUGCAUGCGUGCAUACAUGUAUACGUAAAAAAAUAAACAUGGGUCGGGCCUCUAUUCUGUGCCCAUAGGUUUGAUUAUACAAAUGUUACAUUUGGAAGGAAAACCAUACUAUGCGACUGCACGUGUCGGUCUUCCUACCCACAUUGCUGACGAACGGCUAAAAGGGUGUAGCAUCGGCUGGGUCCUCGCUCCUCUGCGUGAGGUGAGGGUUCGUUCAUGGCCUUUUCCCGCAUUUCUUUCGUUCAGUAGGUCAUCCCUGCAGAGAGCAGUAGACCCCUGUGUUAUUGGGAGAACAUGCCAUGCAGUGGAAGUGGUGCAGGGUUACCCGGCUGAGCGGUAGGCCAGCUAGGACACCCCCCCCCCCCCCCCCCCCCCCCUUAUACCGGCUGUGCAACACGUACACCCCUGUGUAUAAAACAGUAUUUCUUAUUUAUAAAGUCUCAAGUGUGUGUAAUCUUCCUAGAAUACAUGUGUGUUGCACAGACUUGUGAACAUAUGGCUAUAGAGGGCACUGCUAAUAAUGAAAAAAAAAGAAAUCCCAACACGUUUUACCAGAUCACAGUGUCAUUAUAAAGGCCUGAUAAACUCUUGUUUAUUACUUAUUGCCUGUAAAUCAAAUUGUACCAUUAAAAUAUUAAAUGUUA